AUGGAGAUUGUCUAUGUUUAUACCAAGAAACGAUCCGAAUUUGGCAAGCAAUGCCAAUUCUCUGAUCGACCAGCGGAAUUAUUGGUCGAUAUUCAACCCGAUUCAUCUUUAUUAAACAAUUUCGUUGAAAAAAGUCCAGUGGAUACGGGGAUACAAAGUGUACCUGAGAUGUCUGAACAUGAGGUUAAUACUGAAAGAUUCGAAACAGAAAAUAGAGGGGUAAAUCAUGUCGAAGGAGGUUGGCCAAAAGAUAUUAACCCUCAAGAAGUGGAGCAGACUAUUCGAUAUAGGAAGAAAGUGGAAAAAGAUGAAGCAUAUGUACAAACAAUUCAACAGCUCGGAAGUGUGAUGGAGCAUUGCAUUAAGCAAAAUAACGCUGUUGAUAUCUAUGAGGAAUAUUUUGCGGAAGCCGAUAUUGAUUCUUCAAGUCAAUCACCUUUCGCCAAAACGGUCAAUGUUUUCAGAGAUCCUAAUGAAAUUAAACGAACAGCUACACAUAUUUCCUGGUUCCCAGAUGGUGCACGCAAACUAGCAGUUGCUUAUUCCAUUCUAGAAUUUCAAAAAGCUUCCUCUGAUACUUGUCUUGACUCUUAUAUAUGGGACAUAGAAAGCCCUAAUAAGCCAGACCUUACACUAAAACCCGCAUCGCCUUUGGUUUGUCUUGAAUAUAAUCCCAAGGAUUCUCAUAUACUCGUUGGAGGUUGUUACAAUGGGCAAGUUGCAUUUUGGGAUACAAGAAAAGGUUCGCAACCUGUCGAAGUAUCUCCUAUCGAACACAGUCAUCGAGAUCCGGUUUAUAAGACGAUCUUUCUUCAAUCUAAAACAGGAACUGAGUGCUUUUCAACGUCUACUGAUGGAUAUGUAUUAUGGUGGGAUAUUCGUAAGAUCGGUGAACCGACAGAAACAAUGAAAUUAGAUGUAUCUAAAGUUGGUAGAAAAGUACUUGGUGGCGUGGCAUUGGAAUAUGAGCCAACAAUUCCAACGAAAUUUAUGGUUGGAACAGAACAAGGCUAUGUUCUUGCAUGUAAUCGUAAAGCAAAAUCGUCCACGGAAAAGAUCGUAGCAGUGUAUAAUAGCCAUCACGGCCCAGUCUAUUCGUUACAACGUAAUCCAUUCUUUCCCAAAAAUUUCUUGACCAUUGGCGAUUGGACUGCUAGGAUUUGGUCAGAAGAUUUGCGUGAAUCUUCUAUCAUGUGGUCAAAAUAUCAUAUGUCAUACUUAACUGACGGUUGUUGGAGUCCAGUGCGCCCCGCAGUUUUCUUUACUACUAGAAUGGAUGGUACCCUAGAUGUAUGGGAUUAUUUAUUUAAGCAGAAUGAUCCCACUCUGAGUCUACAGGUUUGUGAUGAAGCUCUAUUAUCUUUGCGCAUACAAGACCAUGGUCGAUUAGUGGCGUGUGGAUCACACAGUGGUACGACAACAUUGCUAGAAUUAUCGGAAGGAUUGUGCACAUUGCAAAGAAAUGAAAAGGCGUCCGUAGGAGCUAUGUUUGAACGCGAGACCAAGCGAGAAAAAAUAUUAGAGGCUCGUUAUCGCGAGAUGAGGAUUAGGAGUAAAAUGAAGGAAAAUUCAAAAGAGGAACCGAAUCAAAGAGAAGAAGAAGAAGAUUUGGUGACUGUUGCAGAGGAAGCUUUCCAUCAAAUUAUCGAAUCUGAGAAGAAUGCAAAAGAUACUCGAGAUAAGAAGCUCCUUGAACGGACACAACCCCAAUCGAAGUUAGACUCAAAUGGCUUUACUGGAGAAAGCCGAGGUAAACAAAUCAACGUUGUAAUAAAUGAAGAGGAUUCUCAUAUGAGAUGUGUAAUUUUACGACGAUAUAACAACAUUUUGUAA